AUGCCCCCCAAAAAUCCGAAAAAGACUGACAACCUUCAUGAGCAACACCAGCGACUCCUUGUGGAUAAUGACAGUUACCUGGUUGCCAUCCGAAAACAGAAGGAACAUCUUGCCAGUCUGGACACCAAGAUGAAGGAGAUGCAGACCAAACUGUUGCAGAGGAAGAAGGAGAUGGGUGGUAGGAUUCGCAGCCUGAAGAGACCUCUUCAUCAGAGGAAGCACAUCCGCAUCAUGGAGGUCCGUGUCAACCAGGCCACUAAAAGCUUUGACAAGUUGCUAUGCAGCAACCAGGCAUUGCGUGAUGAGAUUGACCACCUGCGGCGCCAGAGGUGCUCCUUCGCCCUUAUGUACCAGCGUCUGAGCAGAGAGCUGCUGUCCCAGCACAAUGUCAUGGAAGACCUCGUGGAGAAGUCUGUCCUUGCCUAUGACCAGCGGUCCGAGGCCCUGGCCCGCAUGCUAGCUGUGAGGGAGCGUAGCAAGAAGGACACGUCUCUCUGCCACACCGAGAUGACUGAGCUGAAGAGGGUCAUCGACCACGAGAUCAAACUCCGCAGCUUCAUGGUCCAAAAGUCCAAGGAGAGUGUCCCCAUAGGCGAGGACGAAGAGGCCAAAAAGAGAAGGGCCGAGCAGGCUCAGCGUGAGCGAAUGGGAGGAGAGAGUCUGGAGACCUACCAGGCGGUGCACCGGCUGCUCGUGGAGAUGAGCGGCAACAGCGACCUGCGUCAGCUCGGCAGGACGUUUGUGGAGAACGAGGAGAAGAGCUUUGCUUACUUCAACUACAUCAACGAGCUGAACAACAAUAGCACCAUGCUGAAGGACCGCAUCAACAAGCUCAGGACUGAGAUCCUGCACUUUGAGCUGGAGAACAAGCAGUAUGAUCAACAGUGGCAGGGCCAGCUCAAGGAACUGGAGAGAGAGCUGGAGCAGCGUCGUGGCCGGGCCAAUAAUUUGGAGAGCCAGUACACUGUGGUUCUGAAGUUUUUGGACCAGCAUAAGACGGCCAUCGCCCACCUGUUUAACAAGAUGAAGUGUAACCCUGCUUCUAUCAUUGGCAAGCUGGGCUGCAGCGCUCAGGUCACUGAUGACAACGUCACCCAGUUUAUCGGUAUCCUGGAGGAGGAGAUGCACCAGCUGUUGAUGUUCCUGUCCCAGUGCAGCUACAAGGAGGCCGAGGAGAUGGAGCUGCCCCCUCAGAACCUCCUGCUGGUCAGCUGCAGCCUGCUGCCCACCGUGACCUCCUCUGCUACAGAGGCACCCUCCUUCGACGACAGCACCACUGAAGCACUACUGGGCCUGGGCAGCGAGCAGCCUCUGGACUUCCAGACCCUGCGUGAGCGGGUGCUGCCCCGGGUGAUGCAUACUGAACAGGGUAAGGUGCCCAAGGCCCCAUCUGCCCCCCUAAGAGGAAAGAAGAAGGUGGGCUUCAACCCCAAGUCUGCCUGAGCAGGAGCCUCUGAUGCUCACAAGACAUGGUGCUCACAUACUGCGUUGUUUUAAUGUAAAAGAAACCAUUACAGCAUUUAGCUUUAGUCCUUGGUCUCAGUAAUCUGUUCAUUGUUCAAUGUGUCCUUUGUUCUCAUUGUUGGAGGAAAUAACACAGCUCAUCGAGGCCCUUAUCCCUAGUCUCCCACCCCAGGAAAGAUACUUAGUUUUGGGCAAUGAAAUAACAAAUGGUGGGUGGCUCAGGGCUUUGCACCUCUGCGUCAAGGUCUCUCAGCAUGGCCAGGCACCACCUCAGUGGAGUAACAACCGGCUUUACGGGGAUCACUGGCUGACAGCUUAGUGUCUGCCCUGCAUUUGGGAUGCAUCAUGCGGUGUAACGUUACCCCGUAACCUCAUGACAUGCACUAAAAUAAACACUGGGGCUUUGUCUUUCCAAACCAAACCCCAAGUUUUGAUGGAGAGUGUUAGGCCCCUCUGUACCUUGAAGACCAGUGUGAUGCCAGAAGACGGCCACUGGCUCUCAUUGCUCCUCUCUAAAUACAGAAGGCUACAUGCUCUUAGUCUUAGGGGAUCCAUAAUGUCCUCAGCUGCUGGGCAGGACUGCUACCAAAACAAAACUAAAACCCUGAAUCAGUUUACAAACCAAUAGAAAAGCUUUCCCUCACUGAACAGAUCAUUUGAACCUCACAAACUCUCCUCGUGGGCUGUUUGUGCGUAAGCAGCAUUCUCCUAAUACUAUUUUCAACCCAUACUGAUGUCAUUAACCCCUGAUGUAAACUCCUGCCAGUGAUGAAACCUUACAGAUUAAAAGGUAUUGAUUUUGUGUAUUACUUAUUUACAACACAGUGUGGUGCAACAGUUAUGUGAUCAACUUGGGCAAAAUAAUUGAGGGAAGCACAC